GACAGAUGCAGGUGAUCAAGGUGACCCUGCGGCAGAGGAGACAGGUGUCAGCAAUUACCUAAUGACUGUCUGACUCCUAUAAAAACAGCAGUCUGUGCUUCACUGCAAUGCUGCUGUCUCAGUUUGAAGGAAGUGAAGAAUACUGACUGAAAAUGUCCGGCCGAGGGAAGAAAGCUGUACCCAAACCAAAGUCUGCGGUGUCCCGCUCUACCAGAGCAGGGAUCACGUUCCCUGUCGGCCGAAUCCACAGGCUGCUGAGGAAAGGCAACUACGCUGAGCGAGUUGGCAACGGCUCGGCGGUGUACCUCGCAGCCGUCCUGGAGUACCUCAGCGCCGAAAUCCUGGAGCUGGCAGGAAACGCCUGCCGUGACAACAAGAAGCAGCGCAUCGCUCCUCGCCACAUCUUGCUGGCAGUGAAAAACGAUGAGGAGCUCAACAAACUUCUGGCAGGGGUCACAAUCUCAGACGGCGGUGUCAUCCCAAAUAUCCAGGCAAUCCUUCUCCCCAAGAAGAGCAAGAUGCCAAAGGAUGACAGUUCAGCGAAACAUGUUGAAUCCCAAGAGUUUUAAAUGUGAAUAUACAAGUUUUGUAAAUCUUUAUGAAAUUAUAUGGCAUUAAAGUAACUUUUUUUCUUUUAA